UAGAUCUCAUCUAUAUAAAGCUCCAUUACGUGACCCUCUUAUUAUUAUUAUUAUUAUUAACGCAAUUCAUUAAUUUGUUACAUUUCCUUGAUCUCCAAGAGAGAAAAGAAGAAGAAGAAAAACAGUAGCAAUACUAUUUCUAACAAUGAGGCAGCAAAAAUAUUUAUCAGUUUUGGUCAUUCUUUUUUUUGUUAUCUUCUUCUGUGGUACAUCCAUUAGAGCUCAAGAAGUUGAGGAUGAGAGGGAAUUUGAUUAUGGUGAAAAAAGUGAGAAAGGUCCAAAAAUGUGGGGAGAAUUGAAGAAAGAAUGGGAAGCUUGCAAGAAUGGCGAAAUGCAAUCGCCUAUUGAUAUGUCUCAUGAAAGAGUUAGAAUUAUUCGAAAACCAGAAAAAAGACAUUACAAGUUAUGUAAUGCUACUGUCAAAAAUAGAGGCCACGACAUUUCGUUACAAUGGCAUGGUGAUGCUGGAUCAGUUUUGAUAAAUGGCACAAAUUAUCCUUUACAACAAGCCCAUUGGCACUCUCCUUCUGAGCACACUGUCAAUGGUAGAAGAUAUGAGAUGGAAAUGCACAUGGUUCACUUCAACGAAAAUGCAACAAAUACAAUUGCUGUGACUGCAGUUCUAUACAAAUUUGGCAAACCUGAUCGAUUUCUCUCCAAGUUGAUAAGAAAUAUAUCAUCUAUGAUUGACAAAAAAGACGAAGUGAAAAAUGCUGGCAUGGUUAAUCCAAGAGAAAUCAAGAUUGGUAGCAGAAAAUACUAUAGAUAUAUGGGUUCACUUACUGUUCCUCCUUGCACUGAAGGUGUCAUUUGGACCAUUAAGAAAAAGGUGCGGACUGUUUCAAGAGAUCAAGUUAAAAUGCUUCGAGAAGCAGUUCAUGAUUAUGCUGAAAGGAAUGUAAGGCCAUUGCAAUCUAUCAACAAGAGACCAAUUUAUCUUAUGGCUCCAGAGGACACUGCUUGAGACUAUUAUUCUUUUAAUUUCAUACUAUCUGUAACAAGGAUAUUUGUUUUCUUAAUAGUUGUUAUUCUUUUUGUGAGCAAUUUAUCUAAUCAACAAAGUGCUUGCUAAGUAAAAAAAAGCCAAGAGAAAUGCAUGAUAGACUUCCUUUUUUCCUUUCA